UAUAUAUACGCAUAUACACACAAUCUGUAUAUAUAUAUAGUGUUAGUUGCAGAAACCCUAAAAAGCUUUGCUUUAAUGGCUUCCCCUAAUCGUCAAUGGAAUCGCUGUUCCAUCCAAACUAGGUUCACUCACCGCUUCCUCCGCGCGCUGAGGAGGCUCAGGCUCGCCGCCACGCGCCGCCAGACCCCAACCGCCCUUACAUCUCCGGCGGCGCCGCCGCCUGACGACAAGGAAAUGACUACGUACUACAGAAGAUGCCGGAACGUGAAGCGCGCCGCCUACGCGUCCAUGGCUUCCGCGGUGGGGACGAGGCGGGCGUGGAGCCGCGCCCAGCUUCUCAGGUUUCGCCGCCCUGCGGUGAGGAGAAGGGUGGCGGUGGCGGGCGGCGGCGGCGGAAACCAUAGAGAUGAAACGACGGAAGAGCUCCGGCAGCUGGUGCCCGGCGGCGAGGUUAUGGAUUUGGGCAGCUUGCUGGAUGAAACUGCGCAUUAUAUUGCCUGUCUGGCGUCGCAGGUACAAAUCAUGAGAAGCAUUGCUGAUUUAUUCUCCACCUAAUAAUAAUAUUAUAUAUUUAUAUUUCUUGUAAUAUAUAUGAUGGAUGGUUGUAUGGAUGGUGUACGUACCAUAUAUAUAUAUUAUAAUAUAUGUAGCAGAUUAAAUAAGUUGUACAAUUGUAUGAAUAAUGGUGGGAGCAGUCUAUUGGCCUUAUUGAUUUGAUUUAAUCAGAUAUGGAUAAUCUAGAUUGAUUUACUGUC